AUGAAUAAGAAUUUCAUUUUAAUUUUAUUACUUAGCACUUUAUUCUUCUCUGCAGUUUUCUCAUUAUCAGUUAGAGUAAGAAAGACCGAUGACGGUACUUAUGAUGAUGGCAAUUUAGGAACAAAGUCAGCCCAAGAUUUACAUCAUACAUCGACCACUCGUAAACAUACCUCUUCGGAUUCAGUUUCUGGCACUGGUAUCACUGGAACUGGUGUCACUGGUUCAGGUUCAGCUACAGCUUCAUCUGGUGAUGGUUGUCCCACAAGUGGAUACAGCUCUGGUUCCGACUCUACUUCUUCCUCAGAUGGUGGCCAUGGUGAAACAAUGGGAAGCUGGAAAUCAAACCAUGUCAACCGUUGCGCAGAUACUAGUGGUGGUAGCAGUGGUAGUGGAGGUAGUGGUAGUAGUGGUAGUGGAGGUAGUGGUAGUAGUGGUAGUGGAGGUAGUGGUAGUGGAAGUUCGUCAGAUGGUGGUCAUGGUGAAACAAUGGGAAGUUGGAAAUCAAUGCACAUUCCACGUCCCAAUUAA